AUAAUGUUUUCUGUUAUCUUAUAUAUAAGUUAAAUAAUAUUGCUGAUUUUUUUAUUGUUUUCAUUACAUAAAAGUAUAGUCAGUUUUCUACUCAAACAUCAGAAUUCAGAUUCAUAAUAUAAGAUAUCACUCCAUGUUUCACUGUGGCGGUACGCCAUGUCUUUGUAAAUAGGGGUAGAUAUAAGUUUUAUUUUUCCUAAAUUCCUUUGUCUUUAACGUGUUUCUAGAACUUUCUAACCUAUUUUUUUUUAUGGGUGGGGGACCUUUGUCCAAGGACAAAGGGAGAAGACAAAGAGGACAUUAAGAAGCCCUGAGGCCAUCAGGAAAACGAACAAGACACUUUUGGGGUCAGCGUCUGAGGUGUGCAGACGUAGGAAAGAGCAAGCUAGAGGUUUGUCGCCUAGUGGGACAAAAAGAGAAGGCUUGGAAGUGGUCUGCGAACGGAUGGAAAUUAGAAGGACACCCAGAUUAAGACUUCAAAAACGCAUUCGAAAUCUCAAGAGACAGAAAUGAGAGGAAGGAAAUUGAUUCAAGUACCGAUAUAGAGAAGAUUGGAGACUGCCAAAUUUACCCGGGUACCCACAAAAUCUGUCCUUUAUACUUGUCUCUUCUCUUCAUAUUUCUUAAUUUCUUCACCCGUCUUCCUUAGCAUAUAAGUUAGAUUAAGGUAGAUUUAAGUUAGUUGUAGUAUCUCAAACCAUAAUUUUUAUUGUCGCGAGCAUGUGUCUUCUGCUUGUGAAAACAUAGAAUUUUGUCGGACGGAUUUGAACUUGUGCGCAUACUAUAGUUUGGGAUCAAGUGUGUUUAGUGUAAAUGAACCAGGUGUACGAAGGACUACGUAGCUGUAGUUAAAUAAAUAUCCUGUUUAAUUUAUAGUUGCUUCUUUGUCAUUUUUUUUUUGUUUUCCACACCACCACAUCACAUUACAAAAUAGAAGUGGGUCUAAAAUUGUUUUAAAUGUAAAUGAAAGAUUUACCUGCAGUUGUAGUCUUUUGUUUUCUAACUAAAGUUUUUCAUUUAGUUUAUCUGAAGUAUUUCAUCACUUUCUUCAGCUGUUUUUUCUGUCACGGGAAGGUUGACGGAAGACUCCACUAGAGCUAUAUAAAAAUAUAAGUCAAAACAUGUUAAAAUAAUUGUUUCGUACUAUAUAACAUUUAUUGCAAAAAUAGACAGAAUUGAACAUACAAGAUUUUGAUAACAGCCAAUUUAUAAAACGCAGAGAAUACUCAAACAAAACAGUCAUCUUUAUUUCAGAUGAAAAAAAGAACUAGUUCAGCAAUUAAAUAAUCUUAUUAUUGGUUUUUCUUUUUUCAGGAAGUUUUCUUUUCCUAAUAGGCCUCCUUAUCAUAAUAGGUUUACGAGGUUGGGCAAAUUGAAAAUUGUGGGAACCGUAUUUCAUUUUACCAGCUCCCUUCGGUCAGCUCUUUUCAGUUCAAACUGCGAUUCUUUGAAAUGAAGCUGAACAACAAAUAAUUUAAUGCUAGCUCACGUAUAUUUCUUAAAGACAGUAACUAAAGAAAAAUACGUGAUAUACUCUAACAUCACACAGUUUAGAAUGUUCAGUUGGCUGCCACUUAUUUCGUCUGCAGUUCUGCACCCAUUUUGCUCUCCUCUGCUUAUCUGCAGGAAAUCUAAAGAAUCGAAUGUCGGUAGACUUACUUUUACAAUUAGGUGCUAUACAAUAACCCAUUGCUUAAUGUUUUGAGUACGUAUAUACGUAAUAAUAGGUCGACUCACACAGGAACCAUGUGCGGUGAGCUCUAUCGAUUAGUCUAAAAAGGCCGCUGCUGCAUAGAAUCACGGGAGCUUAUCCUGACCUUAUACAGACCUUGGGGAGAGCAGGGCAGAGUUAGUUCAAUUUGUUUAUGCCAUGAGCAAAUUUUGCAAGGGCCUUGUAAAUACUUUUAUUAUCCACAAGGGUCCUGCUGCCGCAAGGCCAUUGAUAGUUUUCAUUCUGAAUGGGCCUGAUUUUGCAGUCAAACAGUUGUCUCUCAAUGAAACUUUUUGUUUCCCUUAGACCAGAGGUGUCCAAAUUUUUUGACGCAAGGGCCAGAUUGGGAAUUAAAUACAUUUGCAGCAGGCCAUGUUACUAUGUGAAUUAAAAAGUCUCAUUAUGACUAAGGCAGCAUUAAAUUUUAUUUUUUACAGUUAAUUACAGAUACACCAAUACUAAACAAGCAUGGCUAAAUUAUACAUAAUUAGAAAAUUAUUUCAUGCAACUUUUAAUUGGAAUGAUGAAACUGUGUUUUUUGCUUAAGAAUUUCUUUCAAGUUGGGAUUAAAGUCUGAAACACCAAUUAUAAGCAAUGAUUGCAAAUGAUCAUCUGAUAAAUUUGUCCUGUACUUAGAUUUCAGUUACUUCAUACUGGAAAAAGUUUGUUCGCACAUAUAGGUAGUCCCAAACAUAGAAAUAAAUUUUCAAGCAAAUUGCUUUAAAUUUGGAAACUCUUUUUCAUUCAAAAAUUUGUAAAAAUCGACCAAGUUUCCUUCCUUGUAUUUAUCCUUGAUUUGAUCGUUAGCUUGAAGAUCAAUAAUUUCCAUUUGAAACUGACUUGAAACGUCUGCAACAUUGCAGUCAAAUGAAUUUUGAAACAGCCGAAUUUCCUUUGAAUUCCUGUCAAGAUCAGAAAAUCGCUUUUGAAAUUCUUGUUUUAAAUCGCAAUGACUUUUAUUGCAAAUGUGGUUGGAAAUUGUUCAUCGAUUUCUGUAUUUAAUUCUUCACAGCACGGGAAAUGGGUAAAAUUACAUUCAUCUAUCUGACUUUCGAGCAGUACCAGCUUUGCCCUGAAUGCUUUGAUUUGUGCGAAUAAAUCACAAAUUAAGUUGUUUUUACCUUGGAGCUUUAAGUUCAAGUUAUUUACUCGCGUCACAACAUCUGCAAAAACGCCAACUUCCAGAGCCACUCAGCAUUUGAUAAAAGUGGUUCAGGGUGAUUUUUCUCCGCAAGAAAUAAAUUAAUUUCAUAUCUAAGCUUAAAGAACUGUAAUAGCACUUUUCCACAGCUAAGCCAUCGAACUGCGGUAUAAUACGACAAGUCAACAGUCUCGGAUUCAAUUUGUUCGAGAAAAGAUCGAAAUUGGCGAUGAUUGGGUGCAUGUGAUUGAAUAAAAUUUACGACAGAAACAACUGGUUUUAAAACGUAGCUCAUAUUGACAUGUUUCACACAUAGUGCUUGUUGAUGGAUAAUACAGUGCAGAAAAAUUGGUGCUGAUGCUCCUGCACCUUCACAAGCUUUUCUAAUUUGUCCAACCACACCGUUCUUUGCACCAGAAAUGUUUCUUCCUCCAUCAAUUGUUACACCUCGGAGUCGAUUCCAGUUCAAGUUAUACUUUGUCAACGUUUUUUGUACUUCUUUGAAGAUAUCUUCUCCAAUUGUAGUGCUGUGCAUGCUGUUAACGGAGGCUAAUUCUUGUGUGACAUUCAGUUCGUCGUCAACUCCACGAACAGAACUAAAAGUUGUGAGGUGUCACUAACAUCAGUUGAUUCAUCCAUCGCGAGAGAAUACCGAGUGAAACGCUGUACUUUACCAGUAAUCUGGUGAAGAAUAUUGUUUCCAAUAUCGUCAAUUCGACGAGCAACAGUGUUACAGGACAGACUGAUCAUUUUGAAAAGUUGCAACUUUUUUGGGCACAACUCACCAACAGCUUCCAUCAUACACUCUUUUUAACGAUGUUACCAUCCAUAAAGGGUUUUCCUUAUUUCGCCAACAAAUAAGCAACUUUCAAGCUAACUAAGGUCAAUGAUUCAUUUUCUGAGUUUGCCUUCCUAAAUAAAUUUUGCUGAGUACACAAACUACGACUCAUUGUUUCAAAUUUUUCAGUACGCUGCUUGUCCUUAAAUUGUGAGUAUGUUGAAGCAUGUUUUGUUUCAUAAUGUCGACGUAAAUUAUAUUCCUUCAUUACAACAACAGUGUCAUUGCAAAUUACAGAAACAGCUUUGCCAGUAGGUGGAGUAGAACCUGCAGUGGAGCAGGAGGAUUGAUCUCUGGCGGCAGUAGGUGAGGUGACGGUUCGACUUCGGUUUCUCCUGUUGUAGGUCUUCCUUGGUCUGAGAGGGAUCCGCAUCACCUGUCGAUCAGCCGGAGGAGGAGGAGGAGGUGGUGAGCAAGCCUCGAUGGUGGCACGGCAUGAUUCAGCUGUACGCUGGUGUGCCUUUAGGGAUUUGAGCUUAUCCAUGAUGAUACCGCAGGCACGGCACUCAAAAUGCAGGUUAGUGUUAUGUUCACGUUUGAGGUGCCUAACCAACCCAGUGUGAUCGAUGUAGUCACGUGGAAUUGGUAGGCAAAGUUGGCAACCGUGCGGCGGUUGGAGUGGCACAAGGACCGUGGUGGUUGGCAUUGCAGACCAAAUGUGUAGUGAAAUAAGUAGGAAAGGCCGGAAACGCCCUCUGGGGUGCAACGCAGCCGACCAAGGAGGGGCGGGAAGAGGAAGAAAGUAGCGUAUAGGUGACUAUACGCUAAUGAAAGGAUGCUCACGCUGAGCACCGAAUAGCUACCAGGAUUGGCGCGGAUAGGAAAGUGUUGCCAGUCAAGCAAUACACAUUUGAUCUUAGCCAUAGACUGUUGCUUUUAAUUAAAGUUUACCGGUGUUACCACUGGCGAAGCUAGCUUGGCCGUCCUACCAUUGGAGGCACUUGAUGAUGGUGGAGUGGGGGACUGAUACGAAAGCAUUUGCCAGGUCUAACCAGGCGACGUGGCACUCUUUGUUCCUUCGCCUAGCAUCCUGGAUCACAGACUGGAGCAUAAAAGUAUGCUCUGAGCAUCCGUCAACCUCAUAAAAGCCUUCUGCGCGGUGGAAAUGGUGUUAUUCUGCUCGCACCAACGCAGGAGGCGGUUGGUGAUGCAGGCAGAGUAUAACUUCCCAAGCGUAUUAGCUAGUGCAAUGGGUCUCCAGUUGUUGGCUUUGCUUCGUUCACCCUUCUUGUAGAUGAGUAUAGUGGUGGAUGUCCUCCAGUUGUUGGGGAUCACUCCAAUGCGUUGGACAGCAUUGAAGAGUGCUGCCAGGAUGUGGCCCUGCGGGUGGAGGCGACGCAGAUGUAGUACCAGACACCGUCAGGGCCGGGAGCCAUAUUAUGGCAUUUGGCAAGCUUGUCGACGACUUCUUCAGGGGUAAAGAUGGUGUUGAGUGGAUCGUCAGUUGUUGGCCUCAACGGUGCGGGAGCUGGUCAUCUGGCGGCAUUGUGUUGGUGCAGCGGCUAUAUACUUUAGAGAAAUGUUCAGUUAGUGCUGCCUUACCUAUUUGGCAGAAGUGCUCUGUGCCUUGGGUGAUCUCUCCAAAGGCUUUACUCUUGUUCACUCUGUAGAGGCGUUGCCCCUCGAUAUGGGUUCCUGUCUGUGGUGAGGGGACCUCCCAGAGAUGGUUUAGUAACUCUUCUUUACCAUCCCUGGGAUCUGAACGCCCACCCACGUGUUUGCCGUGCGUGGAGUCCCGUAUGCCGGAAAGGGGGAUCCUGGUAGUUGAGGGGCAACAUAGCGUCCCCAACACACUGCUUCGGCCCCUGCUUCGGAUAAACGGGAGGCUCAAAUCAGGCUCCGUUUGAGUCAAUCGGCUCGUCGUUGAGUCAUUCUUGACCUUGGCUUGGAGUCAACCGAUCGAUGCAGAUCGGGCGGACAUGUCAGUCUAGAUGUGCUCUUCUUGACUGCAUGGUGAGGGUAUAGCUCCUGGGAAACCCUGGUGUGACGGUCUAUUGAAGUACUCCAUGUGACAGCAUCCCCUUGUUAUGCCCCAUGGUGGGUGGGGUCACUAGGAGCUGAAUUCUUUCCCUAAUUAUGGAUUCAAAAAAUUCAAAAAGUUCUUGUGCACCAACAACAAAAACAAACAAAAAAAUCUCCACUAAUCCAGCGUACUUAGUAGUGCACGCAACCGGAGAAAAACCCUCGGCUAAAGCUUCUCCUUUCUUGAUUCAAAAAUUGUUUGAAUCGACCAUUGGACAGUUGAAAAAAAUACAAAAAUUAAGAUCUGGAGAUUUACUGGUGGAAACAGCUUCCCCACAACAAUCGGCAAAACUUCUGGAAACAAAGACCCUAGGAGAAAUGGAAGUCACUGUCACCCCACAUGUGAGCCUAAACUCAUCACGUGGGGUAAUAUCUGAGAUCGAUCUGAUAUCUGAAGAUGAAUCAGAUAUUCAGAUUGGCCUUUCAGACCAAGGUGUCACUGCUGUCCGACGCAUUUCCAUUCGUCGAGAUGGCAAGUUGAUUCCCACCAAACACCUUAUUUUGACAUUUAAUAAACCGACUUUGCCAUCUGUUAUUACAGCAGGUUAUCUGCGCUGCCCAGUUCGCCCAUAUGUUCCAAAUCCGCUGCGUUGCUUUAAAUGCCAGCGAUUUGGACAUUCACAAACAUCGUGCCGAGGGAAAAGCAUAUGCGCACAGUGCGGAACUGAAGGUCACGAGAGUACUGAGUGUACCACUACUCCGUGCUGUGUGAAUUGCAAAGAUGCCCAUCCUGCCUACUCUCGAAAAUGCCUAGCAUGGCAGAGAGAGAAAGAAAUCCAGCGAGUAAAAACCAUUAACAACAUACCAUACCCGGAGGCUCGGCGAAUGGUCACUCAAAGCACAGUAGUGAAACAGAAAACAUUUGCUUCUGUGUUGAAAUCCACAAUGUCAUGUGGGGUUCAAACUGAUAUCUCUGUCUCCCCAAGCGAAUCUCUUACUCGCCAUGCGAAAUGUUUAAUACUCCCGUCUACACAAACACCAGAAAAGGAGAUCACAAAAGGAAAAACACCCCUGCCUAAAACAGGGGUAAUUACAAGAAACCUGGGUUCUAAAAAGGCUAAUAAGAACCCACUAAACAAACAGAGAGUGAAAGCAGCUCUCUCUAAAUCUAAAAAAUCAGAGGCUCAGUCCAUGAGUGAGUUCUCUGAUAUCUCUGAUGAAGAGAAUAAUAUGGAGGUAACCCAACCAACGUCACCUCCAAAAGGAAAAUCAUCAGUUAAACUGAAGAGGGACACUUUUUCUAAGAAUGCUGCCUCAAACACAUAAUGGAUUAUAAAAUAAUCCAAUGGAACUGUCGUGGUUUUCGCAACAACUUCUCUGACAUUAAACACUUGACAUCAUCUACCUCAUCUCUCUGCGUGGCACUCCAGGAGACUCAUCUGAAACCUAGAGAGGGAAUUACUUUAAAAGGAUUUGAUCUCUACCGCAAGGAUGAUGAUAGCCACAACCAUGCCAGUGGAGGUGUGGCUAUUUUGGUUUCCAAUCACAUCCCAUCCUUGCCAGUACAAAUAACCACUGAUUUGCAAGCUGUGGCAGCCAGAAUAUCUAUUGGAGUAACUGUCACAGUUUGUUCUAUAUACUUGCCACCAGAUGUCAGAGUC